UUGAAAACAGCAACGCACAUUUUCUGAAGAAGGGUCUCGACCCGAAACGUCAGCUUUCCUGCUCCUCUGAUGCUGCUUGGCCUGCUGUGUUCAUCCAGCUCUAAACCUUGUUAACACACUUGAAAUGUUCUUGGCUGGUCCUCUCUCAGUGACAGAUUUCAAGCACUGUUGACUUCUAGCCAUGAUGAGAAGACAGGAUGGGAAGAAGUGACUGAAAAUCCAUGAAAUAUUGAUGUUGGGCGAGGGAGUACCAAUCAUCACCAAGGGAUGAAAAGAAUAAAAGCAUCAAUGCACUGGCCUGAAAGAGGGGCAACAGACAUUUGAGAAGGAUAAACCCAACAAGCAGGAGCCAGAAAGUUAAUGGUUCACAAUGAUUCAUUGACUACAUUCUGCCACAGAUUCCAUCAAGUGUUGAAAGACUUGGGGCCAAACAGUUCUGAAUUCGUUGAAACAUGUCUUUCAUCAAUUAUGCAGAAAGAAACCCCUACUUGAAUUCGAAAUAUUCACACAGUACUCAUCAUCUAUUUCACGAGUAUGCAUCCAAUCAACAUCUCUCACCAACCUACAAUGUCUAUGAACCUCCAAUGUAUGGGACUCGAUCAUUCAAUCAGAAAAGUUUUGUUCCUGUGCCAGCUAAGAAGACAAACAUGUUGGUUGCUUUGAUUGUUGGUGGUGUGCUGCUUUCCCUGGGGAUUCUAUCAGCUGUCGUCUGGUAUUUUAUUUCAACUUCCAACUGUAUACCCUGUGGAAAGAGUGAUGGAUGUGUGAGUCCAUCACAUUGGUGUGAUGGGAUUCCUCAGUGCCGUUAUGGCGAGGAUGAAGAAUGCUUUCUGUUAGCAAACUCAACUUUUGUGCUUUAUGCCAAAUCUGUGGACUAUGGCUGGAGGCCAGUAUGUCAUGACCACUGGAAUGCGGAUCAUGGAGAGCAAGUCUGCAAUAGGAUAGGUUACUCCAGGAACAGCUACUCCUAUUAUGGAUCAACCUCAGCGAGCACAGUUGAAUCUUCAGAGUUCCUGAUGCUGAAUGAGAGUUUAUCAACAAUAGACACGUACCAAAAGCUGAGCAUCAGCCAAAAUUGCUCUUCUGGGUUGCUGGUCACAUUACACUGCGUAGGUUGUGGAGUCCGCAUGUACGUCAGAAAUGUUUCUGAACGAAUAGUUGGUGGACAAGUGGCAGCACCAAAGGAAUUCCCAUGGCAGGUCAGCCUUCACUUGAACAACCGUCAUAUCUGUGGGGGAGCCAUUCUCACACCCGACUGGGUGAUUACAGCUGCACAUUGCGGAGAAAGGCAUCCCUUCCCUUCCCACUGGCUUGUGUAUGGUGGCAUUCUACAACAAUCUGAAACACAUGUCAUAAAUCCACGCUCUGUAGAUAAAUUUAUCAUCCAUGAAAAGUUUAACAAAGUAAACAAAGAUUAUGACAUAGCAUUACUGAAGCUAAAAAGUCCCUUCAUGUUUUCAGAUUCGAUAAGACCAGUAUGUUUGCCAAAUUAUGGGCAAACCUUUCCUACUGGGUCCAUUUGCUGGAUUUCUGGAUGGGGAGACCUGUGGGAAGGAGGCACAGGAAGCUUUCCUCUUUUAGUUGAUGAGCUCUUGGAUGACACAGUCAUUCUCAUUGAACCAAUCUUCAUGUUUCCUGAUCUUCUGCCCUUCGCCUCCUCUUCGAGUUUCCUGCAGGGUGGUGAUAUUGAUGCUGAAAUGCCUGAGUUCACGGAGAACAAGUCGGCGGGAUCCCUAUCUUCACGGCAUCCGGACAAAUUGAUGGGAAUAAGAGAAAGGAGUCUGCGAGGAAUUCGAGUUUCCCCGGCGAGUGACCCACAUAGAGCAACCCUGAUCCGAUCUCGGGGAGAUUGGAAAGACGGCACGGGCAAGACCACGUGUGGAAGACUGAAACUCGUUGAGAAAUAA